CCCAACAGCGGGACGGACGACGGGGGAGAGGCACAGGAAGGGGUAGCGUCGGCUAAUCCCUUUCACCCGUCCCCCUCCUCGCUGCUAUAGCGCGAUGGAAGUUUUCCUUUACUCCCAACAGAGGGACGGACGACGGGAGAGAGGCACAGGAAGGGGUAGCGGCGGCUAAUCCCUCUCACCCGUCCCCCUCCUCGCUGCUAUAGCGCGAAUGGCGAGAUCGACCAUAUAGGGGGAUUAUCCUGGCUUCGAUCUCUCGAUGGCGCGACUCUUUGGAUUAUCCUGGUUUGAUUCCCCCUGCCCGAUUGUUUCGCGUGUAGCGUUGAGGAACGGCGGAUAAGAGGCUGCAACCGUUUGAGAAGAAGACUGAUGGGUUGUUCCUCCUACCCUUUCCAGAACUAAGCUUUUCAUGGAACCUCCAUGAGGGAUUCUACCCCACUGGUGGCUUGUUUGCGAGUGUUGGGCAGAUGGGAGUCGGUUUUGGGGUUUCUCCUAAUACUUCUAAUCCUACAAAUAACAGCGUUAACGUGUCAGGGACCAAUCUCUACAUGAAGUAUGUGUCGCCGGAGGUGAUCCGUGUUGCACCAAGCAAGGCGAUUGAGUUGUUUCCUUAUGAUACAGCUAAGAAGGCUUUGACUCCUAAGGAUGGAGAACAACCCAAACUUCCACUUCCCCCCUCACUUGUUGCUGGGGCCGUUGCUGGAGUCAGCUCAACCCUCUGUACGUAUCCAUUAGAGCUACUCACAACUCGACUAACCAUACAGAGAGACGUCUAUGACAAUCUUUUACAUGCUUUAUUGAAAAUCAUACAAGAGGAAGGUCCGUCGGAGCUGUACAGAGGUCUCACUCCGAGUCUUAUAGGGGUCGUGCCGUAUGCUGCCACCAACUACUUUGCAUAUGAUACCCUCAAGAAACUUUACAAGAAGACCUUCAACACGGAUGAUAUAGGCAACGUUGCCACACUUCUGAUUGGUUCAGCAGCUGGAGCCAUAUCGAGCAGUGCCACUUUCCCACUUGAGGUUGCUCGGAAGCAUAUGCAAGUCGGAGCUGUCGGUGGUAGGUAGGUGUACAAGAACAUUCUACAUGCUCUCCUGAGCAUACUGGAAAAGGGAGGGGUUGGGGGUCUUUACAAAGGGUUGGGGCCAAGUUGCAUGAAGUUGGUGCCUGCUGCAGGCAUCUCAUUCAUGUGCUACGAGGCGUGCAAGAAGAUCUUGAUUGAUGAGGAAGAUGCAUGACUCCAAUGCAUUCUCAUCGUAUAGAGUAUGGAACCAUUCAAAGUGAGAUUUCAACCUGUCUCACUCGGCAAGUUUUCUUUGAUUGCAGCUCUUCGGAAUCCUAAUGCAGCUGCCAGGGACAUUUAGAUUCUCACAUGUAGCUGUUUCUUAAUUUCUUCGUGCUUUUUAAUGUAUUUUAUUUUUCCUGAGAACCCAUUGGAAGGGUAAAUAUGAUAUUUGAAAUGUUAAGGUUGAUGCUGGAAAAUUCUACUGGAGACAAUAAAAUUAGAUUUCAAUGUUAAGGAUUUUGAUAUUA